UUUAUGAGAGGGACAGGUUAUAGAUGCUGCUUUAGUUUUUUCAAAUGUCACUUCUUUCCUUGUAUUUUUUCUCUUCUGGUGAACAAUGGAGCACAAGCCAGCAUAGCUCUGCAAAAAACCUUUCUCCAGGCUUCCAACAAGGAAUAACAAUGGAUAAAAGUGAGCUGGUACAGAAAGCCAAACUGGCUGAACAGGCCGAGCGCUAUGAUGAUAUGGCUGCUGCAAUGAAGGCUGUUACUGAGCAAGGACAUGAACUCUCCAAUGAGGAAAGGAAUCUACUCUCUGUUGCCUAUAAGAACGUGGUUGGUGCCCGUCGGUCUUCUUGGCGUGUCAUUUCCAGCAUUGAACAGAAAACAGAGAGGAAUGAGAAGAAACAGCAGAUGGGAAGAGAGUAUCGUGAGAAAAUUGAGGCUGAAUUGCAGGAUAUCUGCAAUGAUGUUCUGGAACUGCUUGAUAAGUAUCUUAUUGUCAAUGCCACACAGCCGGAAAGCAAGGUUUUCUAUUUGAAAAUGAAAGGUGAUUACUACAGAUAUCUUUCAGAGGUGGCAUCUGGGGACAGUAAGCAAACAACAGUUGCAAAUUCUCAGCAGGCUUACCAGGAAGCAUUUGAAAUUAGCAAGAAAGAGAUGCAGCCAACACAUCCCAUUCGACUUGGUUUGGCUCUUAAUUUCUCUGUCUUUUACUAUGAGAUACUCAAUUCUCCUGAAAAAGCCUGUAGUUUAGCAAAAACGGCAUUUGAUGAAGCGAUAGCUGAGCUGGACACACUGAAUGAAGAGUCUUACAAAGACAGCACUCUGAUCAUGCAACUACUUAGGGACAACCUUACUCUAUGGACGUCAGAAAACCAGGGAGAUGAAGGGGACGCUGGGGAGGGAGAGAACUAAUGGCUGUCAUGCUUCACUAUAUGUUCAAUGUCACUCUGUAUCCUACACAUAUAUCCCUUUGUGCGACAAGCAAAAAGAAUAGUACAUCGACUUUCACAACCUCAACGUAGCAAAAACUGUCUGUGGGGUAAAAACGGUUGGUGUUUUGUGUGUUUUAAAAUGAAGACCAGUUAUACAAUGGCAUUCUGAACUUUCCUAUAAUGAACAUUUGCAGUUAUGAUUACCGUGUUUAUAUUUUUAACUGAACACUGUGAUUAUGGGUUUUGUGAUUGCAGUUGACUUUACAAAACUCUUACUGGUAGAAAAGUAGACAUUUAAUUAUGUAACUCUGGAAACUUAAUCUGGCACCAAAAUAGUCGAAGUACAAUUCUGUUGUAAAGUUGUACAGAAAGUUAUAGAGAUUAUAUUGUGACACUGGGGCAUGGAAGGAAAACAAUCCAUUGUAUGGCAUUCCAGUUCAGCAACACUGCUACGAAUUAGUUUAACAGGCACACUCUCUAGAUAUUUUUAACCAAGUUUGAGGCACCGCUUUCAGUCAAUAGCUCACUUUAAGUAAACCUUACUUUUUCUGGGGCUUUGAUUUUUGGAGGAGGAGGGAGUAGAACACCUUGAUUUCCAAAUUCUACACUGGCAGAUAACUGGGGUUUGAACAACUGUUUAGUGCUCAGACAACAUGCAUUACUAAGCCCCUUCCUAGAGCAAUAAUUUACCUAUUUACAAUGUAGAUUAUUCUUUUGUAGUGAGAUUUCUCAGUUCACUACCAUGGAAUUGGAAGAGAGAGAGAUUCAAUUUUAUGAAUGGCCAUAUUAAUUUGAAUAAUACAGUUAAGUGAAAUGCAAUCUUUGCAUUACUUUUCUCUUCGGAGAAUUGAAGUCCCUUUGGGUAGUCCCAUUCUGAACUUUAUCUAGAAAAAUUUCUAAAUAUUCCACUCUGCCAUCUUUUGAGUCGAUACUUUAGAAAUCUUCCUCCCACUGAUCUCUGUUUGUCCUCACUUUUCACCUGCUUAAACUUCACUUAAAUAAAUACGGAUUUCUACAUGCUUAAACUUCACUUAAAAAAAUACGGAUUUCUACAUAUUCUAUUGUUUUUCGAUUAUGGGUGACAUCAGAGAGAUAGGAGAGACUAAAGUAUGUUAAUGGACAGGUCUAUUAGUGAGAUGUUUGAGAGCUGCCAGUGCUGCUGUAGUCUUCAGCUCUUACUGUCUGCCACUUUCUAGGUGAGCCAGAUCCUGAUAUUAUAAAAUAUUCAAGACUUCCCAUUAUUUCUUACUGGAAUGCAGACCUUACACAUUUAUAAUGCUUGUUAUUAACUUGUAAUAUUUGAACUCCAAAUGUUUUCAUAUAGUUAUAUUCCCAAACAUGUCCUAUUAAAUAAGACCUCAUAAGAGUUGCAUGAAUAAUGCAGUGGAAAAGAUUAGGAAUAGUCACUUAUCAGUCUCGCAGUAUCAUCCUUUUACCUUAACAUUCCACUUAGUUAUAGAAUCCAUCUGUUUGUCUGCCCAUCUAUCUGCUGAAGAGAGAAUUUCAUGCACUGAUUUUAAAACUCCCCUCUACUAGCUGAACAAAUCGUGCAGUUAAUACUUGGCGCUUGAUAAAUGCAGUAGUGAAUGUGGAACCGAGCCUGUCUGUAUAUCUGGUAGCUCUUUCGCUUUGUUUUUACUGACCAGUAUUCUGCCUAAAGUUUGCUUCUGUGACGGUUAUAUUGCCUAGUGCACAUGUGGUUGUGAGAAUAGUAUAGCAAAAAGAAAUAUCUGGUUAUUGAUGUACUAGAUUUGUGUAUGUCUUUUAAACAGUUCUAGUUUCACCUUACACAAAAUAAUCAGGAAAGUGUAAAAGAAUUCAAAAGUGAAUAAUAAAAAAAAUUUUAUCAGUU